CACAAUUAGUUCCCUUGGACGCCAUCUUGCAUUUUGCUGAUGUUCUACAAACAGGGUUCUUUUGCGGGCAGAAUCGUGCCCACUGAAGCUAGUGCUGCUUAUCAACCUCAGGGACUUGGAGGCUUAAGAGAGGUCAAAGGACCAGUUAUUGAAGUGCCAAUGUCUUCAUCUGCUGCGGAUACGUCUCCAAACACAGUUCGAUACUGGCAGGAAACUUUCAAGAAAUCUAAAGCCCCAGUAUACCUACUGAAGGGCUCCAGAGAUGUGAUCAUAUACAGGGGCCUUAUGGGCACUGGUUUAGUGGGACUAGGCUAUGUCGCCUACACCAUCUACAUGAUGGCAACUGGGAAAAUGAAAAAACAGGAGAAAUCAUAGUGAAGGGGAUUCUGUGUUCUUCUUUUCAUCAGUUUUGGAAGAACUGUCAUAUUUGCUUUGAAUAGUCUAAGUUAGUUGCUGGAAGCUUCAUUGUAUAACACUGGUGCCUUAUAUUAGUCGUCAUGGUACUACCAGGGUCUGUAAAGCUAAUGAAUUGCGAUUUUUAUAAUACCAGUAAAUUGUUGAAUACAAAUGCAUGUACUGUUGUUAUUUGGAAAUAUUUGACCACGUAAGAAAACCUCGGGUUUUCAAGAAAUGUUAUUAAUGAUUAAGUACUUUUGUAUUGCAUAUACUCUGCCUUAUUAGUUAUUCCAAUAAAUUGUCAUCUUUGAUCCCACG